CCCAGACCCAGACAGAUAUCUGCCCACGGCGUCUGGCGGUGAGAGAGCAGCGUCAUAGUUGGCUGAGGGCCUUUCAGUCUGGAAUAAAACGGGCUCAGCGAUUGGCUUGAUUUUUUGCCCGAGACAACUCACGCGGCCGAUGUUUUCUCUUUCCUCUUUUGUUAUUGCAAGCAAGCAAGCGAAAUACUAGAGGCGAAGGGAACAGCAGGAUGUACGAAUGGACACAGAGAAGCUGAUAGACUGAUAACAGUCGAGACACGCCGCGGUUGAGACACAGACAGGGGGAAAGGGAGACACACAUUUGGAAUACUUUCGAGCCUCCCCUACUUAUGUCUGUUUUGUCCUGAACUGCUGUUGAUUUGGAGAUGUCGAUGGUGAACCCCCCCAACAGCAACGACGCCUGCCUGAGCAUCGUGCACAGCCUCAUGUGCCACAGGCAGGGCGGCGAGAACGAGGGCUUCGCCAAGCGCGCCAUCGAGAGCCUGGUCAAGAAACUGAAGGAGAAGAAGGACGAGCUGGACUCGCUCAUCACCGCCAUCACCACCAACGGGGUGCACCCUAGCAAGUGUGUCACCAUCCAGAGGACCCUAGAUGGACGCUUACAGGUCGCAGGGAGGAAGGGAUUCCCCCACGUCAUCUAUGCUCGCCUCUGGCGCUGGCCGGAUCUCCACAAGAACGAAUUGAAGCACGUCAAGUUCUGCCAGUUCGCCUUUGACCUCAAGUACGACAACGUCUGCGUCAACCCCUACCACUAUGAGAGGGUGGUAUCUCCCGGUAUUGUUGGUCUCAGCAUUCAGAAUGCAGGCCCCCCAGGUCGACUGAUAAAAGAGGAGUACAUCCAGGACUGCAUCCAGAUGGACCUGCCCCCCAGGAUGCCUCCCCAGCCCGAGCGCUACAGUCAGCCCCUGCCGCCGCUGCAGAUGCCCCCGGAACCGCCCCGCGCCCCCCUGCCCAUCACCCUGUACCCCAGCAUGCCCCUCUCUCCGCCAGUCAGCAGUUCCAUGAUGGGCGGGCCCAUGUCCGUGGGCGGGCACGGGGGAGGAGGUGAGGGCUUGCUUCAGAUCGCCUCCCCCCAAAGCCAAGGCGCCACGUCGCCCCCCACCACCCCCACACACGGACCUCCGCCGCCCUCCCGGACACCGCACACCCCCCACCCACCCCAGCCCCCGACCCCGCACACCCAGCAGAGCGACUACACAGGCGGCCCCCAGCACACCCAGGGCUCCUACCACACACUAGGACCUAGGAAAUUAGGAGAGCUGGAAAACACCAUGAGUGUGGUACUCUCACGCGAUCCCUCUCUACUUCCUUCUGACCCAACAGCGACCUGGACCGGCACCAGCACGGCCUCCUACACCCCUGUAGGACCCCAGCAUAAUGGGCGGAGCCACCAGCAACCGCCACUGCACCACCCCAACCGCUUCUGGUCUCAGCAACAUCACUCUUCUCCUGCCUUUCCUCAGCCUGUCUCCAACCAUCCAGGCCCGGAGUUCUGGUGCUCCAUCUCCUACUUUGAGAUGGACAUCCAGGUGGGGGAGAUGUUCAAGGUGCUGGCCAACUGCCCCGUGGUGACGGUGGACGGCUACGUGGACCCGUCCGGAGGCGACCGCUUCUGCCUGGGCCAGCUCAGUAACGUGCACCGCACCGACUCCAGCGAGAGGGCCAGGCUCCACAUCGGGAAAGGGGUCCAGCUGGAGUGUCGCGGUGAGGGCGACGUGUGGAUGCGUUGCCUUAGCGACCAUGCCGUUUUUGUCCAGAGCUACUACCUGGACAGGGAGGCGGGGCGCGCGCCGGGCGACGCCGUGCACAAGAUCUACCCCGGGGCAUACAUCAAGGUGUUUGACCUGCGUCAGUGUCACAGGCAGAUGCAGCAGCAGGCGGCCACGGCCCAGGCUGCGGCUGCAGCUCAGGCGGCUGCAGUAGCGGGGAACAUCCCCGGGCCGGGCAGCGUGGGCGGGAUCGCACCGGCAGUCAGCCUCUCGGCGGCGGCGGGGAUAGGGGUGGACGACCUCAGGCGUCUGUGCAUCCUGCGGCUGAGCUUCGUGAAGGGUUGGGGCCCCGACUACCCGCGGCAGAGCAUCAAGCACACCCCCUGCUGGGUGGAGGUCCACCUGCACCGCGCCCUGCAGCUCCUGGACGAGGUGCUCCACACCAUGCCGCUGGCAGACCUCGGCCAGAUCAACUGAGGAGGGUUUCGCGCGCGAGCGGGAAGGAUGUGCGUCUGUGACGCGAAACGAGGGGAGACGACUGUCCGCAAAGCAUCCAGUUGACUUUUCUCCACAAACCCUUCUCUACAUGGUUACGAAGAUGAUAGUUUUUGAUGAGUCUCUCCUCUGGUGGAGAAAUAUCCAGCAGCUUUAAUAUCUGGAACGAGGACCAACCCUGUUCAGGGAGACAAAAGGAUAAGUGCUGUGUUCGGAGCUGUAAUGCUGCCUUGAUUAUAGUGCCACAGAGCCUAACUGGUUUUUAGAGUGUCAAAGGAAUGCUGCUGACCUGGAGCUUCCAUUAGAUCUGUCUGUUCAACACUCUAUAGUUGCUGUGACAAUAGGGAUGAUGAUAAUAACUGGUGCGGUCAUGGAAUGAAUUAGAUGGCAUUUCUCCACCUUGAGUUGAAUGUGCUGAAUCAUUUAUAGAGAUAAACAAUGAAAUCACCUUCAAAACAAUUAAUCUAAUCGGUCUGACUUGCCAGUCUGAGGAGAAUGGGCACGGUGUUCUCUCAAUCUAUGACUCACUCCAAAGCAAAGUACAGUUUUCUGGCCCAAGGUAUUUUAUGUCUAAAUGUAUUAUCUCUAUCUCCCGAUGUUAGUACUCCCGGUGUUCCCCCGGCCAAUUGUUGUUCAAGUUCAGACAUGGAUUUCUGUAAGACAUCUUACAAUUUAUCAAGAGAUAUAUCUCAUAAAUAGAACACAGAUAUGGAGCUAUAUAGUGUGAACUUCCAAAGAUAGCCUAAAGACCCAAACUGUUUGAGCUAGUUUCCAAACAAAUAAUACAUGGCUACAACCAAAGGCAACCCAUGAUUUAAGGGAGGUUGUAAUUGACAAUCAUAUGUAAAAAGAGAGACAUCUAGUGGGCAAUUUGAGAGAUACUACAUGGCGUUGGAAACAUACUGAAAGAUGAAUGUGAGAAAAUUGAUUGCACCAUCUACUUGCUCUUUCAAAAUCCAAAGCCAAAUGGUUUGUUGACAAAAUGUACUAUUUGUACUGUUUGUAUCUCAUUUAGAUUGACUUGCCUUCGGAAUAAAAUGCCUUAUGUAAUGUGGGAAAUAGUUCAGAAUGUAAGCAUCUAUACUGUAUGUGCCUUGAAGUUAUUUAUUUUUUUAUGUUAUAGUGUUAUUUUAGUGCAGCUGCUUGCUUAUUGCCUUUACAUGGUACAUAUGUGUAGUGUCGUGCUUGUAAAUCAAAUAAUAAAGAUAGCAAAAUGAUUAAAAGUGUAUCAUCAGAUGAAAUACCUGCUGGAAGUCAGUUGUCUAUUGAUUGUAAUUCGUUUAGCUUAAUUUAAAAUAUAGUGUGCUACUAAACAUUUGCAUUGAUUUGUAAACGGUGUCUGCACCUCAUAACUAUGACUGUUUAUUAAAAUGUACAAUU